CAAGCUUCUCAUUUUAAGCGCGACAUUUCCAUGAACUGACACCAUGAAAAUAUUCUCUUAUACCAUUAUUUUGUGGUUUGUUGCACUUGUUUGUGUCCCACAUGUAACGGCAGAUGGUGACGGAGACGGCAAUGAAUGCGAAUUACCUCCUGCGCAACAAGAUAUUGACUGGAGCAAGAUGACUGGAGUGUGGUACGGAAUUUUAAAUGUUAGAACUCCUUCGGACAGAGUUGUGCCAUGUUAUCAAAUCCAAGAUAUUCGACCUACAAGCAAUGGAAUCUCUUAUAUUUUCAAAGACGCGGGGAGGAACACAAAUGUCACCAUUGAUUCAAUAAAACAAAAUUCUGGUGGGUUCAUUUGGAAUCAAGAGCAUGUUGGAAAAUGGAUGGACUACUUGAUAAACGAAAUCAAACCAAGUGUUGCACCGAGUCACGAGUUACUGGAAGAAAGCAUGGAAGUUUUCAAUGACGAGUAUCGUUAUUUUACUGACUACGACAACUACGCAAUGUAUUUGGUAUGCACUAGAAAAGGAAAGAAAAUUUUCUGGAUUUCAAGCCGUACGAUGCCCCCUGAUGCAAGAACAAUUCUUAAGAUUUUCAACAAACUCAUCGAAUUGAAAAAUGACUGGAACGAAGUCCCUUUGUAUUUUUCAGGAUGUGUAGACAACAAAAAUUAAAACACGACCUGCGAUAUAACGUCUUUUACGAGAAGAACAUUAAAAUUCUAAUUUUGUGUUUAAAUAAAUAGCGAGAAAAUGUAACCAAGA